UGCUACUGAAUCAUUAUGAAAGCAGGAUCUGGGCAAAUAACGUUUUUUGAUUAACUUAAGUUCAGAUUGAAUUAGAAAUAUUGGUUGUCCAAUGGGUUUGAAGUAAUGGCAAUUAUUGAUUUCGCACCACUAAGAAUACCUUUGUACAGGCGGCUUCAAACCUUGGCUGUUGUAUUAUACUUUUAUUCAUUCUAUUUUGGAGCCCUGCUUGGAGUUGGUGUUAUUCUUCUGCUUCUGUUCAGUUCCUAUUAUCCUAUUGCUUUGCUUUACCUUGGUUGGGCUUAUCUAUGGGAUUCUGGCACUCCCAGUCAUGGAGGUCGAAGAUCAAACUUUAUGAGAAGUUUGAAAAUAUGGAAAUACUUUCGUGACUACUUUCCAAUACAGUUAAUUAAAACUGUUGAUCUAGACCCAAAAAAUAAUUACAUAUUUGGAUACCAUCCUCACGGAGUUUUAUGUGCUGGAGCAUUUGCAUCAUUUGCCACAGAAGCAACAGAUUUUUCUAACGUUUUUCCUGGAAUUACUCCUCAUUUAUUGCCUUUAAUGGCGCUUUUUAAGCCACCAUUAUUUCGUGAUUAUAUUAUGAGUUCGGGUAUGUGCAAUGUUUCACGCGAAAGCUGUGAGUAUAUAUUGACAAAAAAAGGUCCUGGAAAUUCUAUAUGCGUGGUUGUUGGAGGUGCAGUAGAAGCAUUCAACGCACACCCAUAUGAAGACUAUGUUCUUAUUAUUAAACCUCGAAAGGGCUUUAUUAAACUUGCUAUUAGAACAGGAAGUCAUUUGGUUCCUGUGUUUGCUUUUGGUGAAAAUAAUUUAUUCAAUCAGGUAAAAAACCCUCGCGGUUCAAUGCUGCGUAAGAUACAAGAAAAGGUUCAAAGUCUUGUUGCAUUCGCACCAGUGUUGUUUUAUGGUAGAGGAAUAUUUCAAUACAGUUUUGGACUCAUACCACAUAGGCGACCAGUAAAUAUAGUUGUUGGUUCGCCGAUCCCAGUGGUUAAGUCAGAAAAUCCUACUUACGAAGACAUUCAAAUACUGCAGGAAACUUACAUCAAUAGUUUGGUGAAGCUCUUUGAAGAAAAUAAGCAUCGAUAUGAAAAGAGAACGGAUAUCAAACUUGUUAUAGAAUAAACCUUACUCUGUUUAAAAUGUUAGAUAUUAAACAUUUUCAAAUAUAAAAACUAAUAAAUAAAGGACGAUAUUUAUCGAUCAUGUAAACAGGAAAUGAAAAUAAAUUUUGUUAAGUGAGAAC